UUAACAUAUCAAAAUGAAAGUCUCCCCUCCUCUGCCUCGGCAACUGUUGCUGUCGUUAGCUCAUGUCUCCUCCUCCACCGAUCCAAAACCGACCGAGACCGAGCUGAUCCAGGCAGCGAUGGCGACGUGCCAGACCGAUAUCCGCUCCGUGCUCCACGUGGCCUCCUUCGCCGUCCGCUCCCUCUCCUCCGGCCCUGUCCUCUCCCGCUCCAUCGCCUUCGCCGGCCGCAUCUCUCCCCCGGCCGCCCUGUCCUCGCAGGCGUCGCUGCUCAAGCCCUGCGCAUUCUCCACUCAGGAGGUCGACGGUACUGCAUUGAAGUUGCCGGAGAAGCCGGCUGUCUGCACCGCUGACGAGCUCCACUACGUCUCCGUUGCCAACUCCGACUGGCGGCUCGCUCUCUGGCGCUACCAGCCGCCCCCUCAGGCUCCCAAGCGGAAUCAUCCUCUCCUGUUAUUGUCUGGAGUUGGAACCAAUGCGAUAGGCUACGAUCUUUCACCUGAUUCUUCAUUUGCACGAUAUAUGUCUGGUCAAGGAUUUGACACAUGGGUUCUUGAAGUGCGGGGUGCUGGAUUGAGUACGCAGGGAUCGACUUCCGGUGAAGUUCAGCAAUCUGCACAUGCAAUCUCCAAUGAAAUGGAAGCUGCUGCAAAAACUGCAACUAAUGGAGCUCUUCCUGCACGGCAGGAAUCAGCCACUGAUUCUAGUGCCUCCGAGAACCCUGAGGCGGUCACUGCCAAGGUUGACUCAGAGCCAUUGGCACUGCCUACAACUGGGGCCGAAUCAAAACUUGUUGCUACGCUGACAGAGACGUUCAUGCGCCUCUCUGAAAGGCUCUCCGGAUUUCUUAGUGAAGCUCAGUUAAAAAUCAUGUACGGCAAGUUGUUUGACCAAAUAUCGAAGCUCUUCGAAGACACUCAAGUAUUGGAACGGUUUAAUGAGAUAAGAGCUAAUCUUUCAAGCUUGCUAGAAUCAAGACAGAAUUCUGGAGUUACUAAUCAGAUCAGAGAGUUAAGUGAACGGUUAGUGAACAUUGUCGAAGAAAGCCAGCGUUCUGUGUCACCUUCAUUGUCUGAUCUUCAAGAACGUUUCUCUUCAACUGUGGAAGAUUUUCAGAAGCAACUUGAUCUGAUUGUGAAGUACGAUUGGGAUUUCGAUCAUUACCUUGAGGAGGAUGUUCCUGCUGCGAUGGAAUAUGUAAGAGCAAUAACCAAACCAGAGGAUGGUAGGCUUCUUGCUAUUGGACAUUCCAUGGGAGGAAUCUUGCUCUAUUCAAUGCUGUCACGAUGUGGUUGCGAAAGAAAAGAGCCUGGGCUGGCAGCUGCUGUUACAUUGGCUUCCUCACUUGACUACACAUCUUCAAAAUCAACACUCAAGCUGCUUCUACCCCUUGCAGAUCCUGCGCAGGCUCUCAAUGUCCCAGUUGUCCCUCUUGGGGCAUUACUAUCAGCAGCUUAUCCACUUUCUACUCGGCCACCCUAUGUAUUAUCUUGGCUCAAUGAUCUGAUAUCAGCAGAAGACAUGAUGCACCCUGAAUUGUUGGAGAAGCUUGUCCUGAAUAACUUUUGUACAAUACCCGCUAAACUCAUAUUGCAGCUUACAACAGCUUUCAAAGAGGGAGGUUUAUGCGACAGAAGUGGUAAAUUCUUUUACAAGGAUCAUUUGCACAGGAGCAGCGUGCCCAUCUUGGCUCUUGCAGGGGACAAGGAUCUGAUUUGCCCUCCCGAAGCUGUUGAGGAAACUGUUAAGCUUAUCCCUGAGCAUCUAGUAAUUUAUAAGGUUUUCGGAGAGCCCUGCGGACCCCAUUAUGCUCAUUAUGAUCUGGUGGGAGGACGGAUGGCUGUCCAGCAAGUAUACCCAUGCAUAGUCGAGUUUCUAAGCCACCAUGAUCGCUGUGAUAAGCAGUGAACGGAGUAGCAUCCCCCAUCUUAUCUGUUGCAGAAGGAGCAAUAGAUUCUUUGACUGGAUAGAGUACUCUGUUUGCCCAGUGUGCAUAAUCACAAAUUCGAGCCUGAAGGGGCAUAACAUUUGAAAUUGUGGCUCGUGCACCGGCACAAAUUGUGAAUUUUCUAUGAAGACUGCAGUGAGCAAGUAGGAACUGAACAUUAAAGUAAAAGUUGUAUAGGAGCCGUAUUGGCCCUCCUUCUGUUGGUACUUAUACAUUAGUAAUUCGUUGCGACGAGAAUUGUUUAUACUA